UACGCAGAAGAAGAAACAGAAACCGCCCACCUCCUUCUUCCUCCUUUCUCUCUCCCUUCCUUCACAACCCCUUAUAUAUAGAGCCAAACCACACACCCUCUUUCCUCUUCAUAGUCUUCUUCAUCUCAACACUUCUCAUUACAUUCAUCUCCUCCAUUUCUUCCAAUCACAAGCUUCAAGCUUUCCAAGCGGUGAUCUUCAACCCAGAAAAGGAAAAAAAGAAGAUGAAGCGAGCCUUGGAAAUCACCUUAAUGUCGGCAGAAAACAUACAGCUCAACAAAAAGCCCGUGAAGAACGCCGUCGUGGCGGUCCGGGUGGAGCCCGGCAACGAGUGCUCGACCAAACCGGCGCUGGACAGUGGAACAAACCCUACGUGGAACGAGAAUGUCGUGGUUGACCUACCGCUGCAUACGGGCUUCAUUACCGUGGAAGUGAAGUGCAAGAGCUCGUCGGGUAGUUACAAGCUCGUUGGCGGGGCGACCGUACCGGUUUCGGACUUCGCUGGGGAUUUUGGCACGCCGGAGGGCUACGUGCAUUUUCUGAGUUAUAGGUUGAGGGAUUCUAACGGCGUGCGGACAGAUGGCAUCAUUAACAUUUCAGCGAAAAUGGCCGCGCCAGCACCGACACGCAUGUAUGAGGUUCCGCGACCGGAGAUCGGAGUGCCGGUCAGUGAUCAGAGGAAGAUGAUGGCGGCCGGCGGAUUGGUGACUGGAGUCCCAGUUUGGUACGCCCAGCCUUGUAGAUGUUGAAGCCAGAGCUGAUCAAACUAAGUUGACCUUUUGUGUUUAGACUGUUUUCUCUUGUGCCAACAUAACAUUGUAAACACAGUAUGUGCAAUUGAAAAUUUCGAUGGACCAAUAAUAUAUGGGUGUGGUAAACAUCCUCAAUUUGAGGCCGGCCAUUCUAUUUCUAAAA